GUAUUACCUGGUGUCCAGUCUAUGGAGUCAGUUGUUCCCCGCGGCGUCGCGGAGGCAGGAGGUGGUGUCCGAGUGGGGGCCUUUGCCCCGCCAGGAUGUUACCGGGCUUGGCCGCCGCCACUGCGGCCCACAGGUGUAGCUGGUCCUCCCUCUGCCGGCUCCAUCUGCGCUGCAGGGCGGCGGCCCACGGCUCCAGCGAGCGCCAGGAAUGGCAGAAUGUAGUGACAUUGGGAAGCUUUUCAAACAUGGUUCGCUAUAGUCACCCAUUUAUUUGUACACUGAGUCAAGUGAAGUCAUACUCUACAAAUGUUCAGAAGGAAGGACAGGGAUCACAGACUCUCAGAGUGGAAAAAGUACCAUCAUUUGAUGAAACAGCAGAAAAUAUAGGCGCUGAACUGAAAGCUCCACUUAUUAAGCAAGAGCCUCUCCAAGUAAGAGUCAAAGCAGUCCUUAAGAAGAGGGAGUAUGGACCAAAGUACACUCAGAAUAAUUUCAUCACUGGAGUCAGAGCAAUAAAUGAGUUCUGCCUUAAAUCCAGUGAUCUAGACCAGCUUCGAAAAAUCAGACGACGAAGUCCUCAUGAAGAUACUGAGUCCUUUACUGUAUACUUGAGAUCAGAUGUGGAGGCAAAAUCCUUGGAAGUUUGGGGAAGCCCUGAAGCUCUGGCCAGAGAGAAAAAACUGCGUAAAGAAGCAGAAAUAGAAUACAGAGAAAGGCUGUUUAGAAACCAAAAGAUACUAAGAGAAUAUAGAGACUUCCUGGGAAACACCAAGCCACGGUCCAGAACGACAUCAGUUUUUUUUAAAGGGCCGGGAAAAGUGGUGAUGGUUGCCAUUUGCAUCAAUGGAUUAAACUGCUUCUUUAAAUUUCUUGCCUGGAUUUAUACGGGUUCAGCAAGUAUGUUCUCUGAAGCUAUACACUCUUUAUCUGAUACUUGUAAUCAGGGUUUACUAGCAGUGGGCAUCAGUAAGUCUGUUCAAACACCAGAUCCUACUCAUCCGUAUGGAUUUUCAAAUAUGCGCUAUAUUGCUUCGCUAAUUAGUGGUGUUGGUAUUUUCAUGAUGGGUGCAGGAUUAUCUUGGUACCACGGAAUCAUGGGAUUGCUUAAUCCUCAACCAAUGGAAUCCCUUCUAUGGGCAUAUUGUAUUUUAGCGGGAUCAUUAGCAUCUGAAGGAGCAACACUUCUUGUUGCUGUAAAUGAACUUCGUAGGAGUGCUCGGGCCAAAGGAAUGUCAUUUUAUAAAUAUGUAAUGGAAAGUCGUGAUCCUAGUACAAAUGUUAUAUUACUGGAGGAUACUGCAGCGGUCUUGGGAGUGACCAUAGCAGCUACGUGUAUGGGCCUUACUUCUUUAACAGGUAAUCCUCUGUAUGACAGCCUAGGUUCUUUGGGUGUGGGCACGUUAUUAGGCAUGGUCUCAGCCUUCCUCAUCUACACCAACACGGAAGCGCUGUUAGGGCGAUCCAUCCAGCCAGAACAAGUACAGCGGCUUACUGAACUCCUGGAGAACGACCCAUCAGUAAGGGCAAUUCAUGACGUUAAAGCCACAGAUCUGGGAUUAGGGAAAGUAAGAUUUAAGGCAGAAGUAGAUUUUGAUGGACGAGUUGUUACAAGAUCGUAUUUGGAAAAACAAGAUUUUGACCAAAUGCUACAGGAAAUUCAAGAAGUGAAAACUCCUGAAGAACUAGAGACCUUUAUGCUUAAACAUGGAGAAAACAUUAUUGAUACUUUAGGAGCUGAAGUAGAUAGACUUGAGAAAGAACUAAAAAAACGAAAUCCUGAAGUGCGACAUGUGGAUUUGGAGAUAUUAUAGAUUUGAUGGAAUGAAUCACCUUGGAAGGAAGCCUUGGAAACAAGUUUGGCGAGCCUGCUCUCCCAAUCAAAGGAGUCCAUGCUACUCAGAAGCUGUUUUAUUAAGAUGGAGGAAAUACUUAAUGUGAAGGGCAGUUCAGCAGUCUACAGAACUAAUACUACUUCAUAUUUCUGAGAGACAUAUUACAAGUUGAAUCAAUUUGGAAAUCUUGUUUUUAUGUUUCAGUAGAGAACAUUUUAGUUGUCUCAGUUGUUCAUAAUUUUUCAUUUUACCCCAUCAGGGUGUAUUGUACCUUGCAAUCAUGUUUCCUUUCUUCACAUUGCUAAGAAUAAACAACAUCCAUAGGAUUAUAAUUUUUAAUUUUAUGACCACUGAAGAUUUCACUCCAUCAAAACCCAUCAGUCUUAAACAGUCACUCUGUUUUUUUUUUUUUUUUCUUAUAGAAUGUGGGAAUUAUUUCUACAUAAUUUUGCCCGGAGCACUAAGAGGAACACUUUCCUAACCGAGUUAUCCACAAAUGUUCAUUCCAGAAAUGGCUUAGUUACUGAAUUGAAGGAAGACAUGUCAGUCCACUCUUUUAGGCUAUAGUAGUUGCCAUUUUGUAAAAUUUCUAUCCCUCCAUAACUUUUUUUCUUUCUUUAGUUUAAUUUUUCCAGUGUAGGAGAUCCAAAAUAACCCUAGAUGUUUCCAUAGGCCAGUUUGAUGGCUGUUUUUGUUUGUUUGUUUUCAUGUUUUUCACUGGCUUUGGUGCCAUAAUGUGUAUUUACUAGGAGGUAAUGCAUUUAUAAGCAUUUUAACAUUCUGUAAAAUGGACUAGAAAUAUUUAUAAUUUUGCAGACAGGACAGCAUUUUAUUUUUAAUUUAUUUAAAAAGGCACUACUCAUGUAAAUCUGAACCGUGGAGUAUUUCUUGCUUUAAGAGAAAGAGAAGUAAAUCUCUUCUUAUGCAGAAACUUGUGGCCAUGAUUUUGUAUAAUGUCAUAGUCAAUAAUGUGUCUGUAAUAUGAGUUUUUUGCAGUUAUAAAUGGGCAUUUAACAUAA